AUGGCACGAGCGCGCCAGGUUGUCUUCCGCAUCUUCUACAGCACCUCUUUCACCAUUGUAUUCCUACUCCUCAUCUGCUUCAUCUGCGUCACCCCGGCAGAUGCCAUCUAUGAAUCCUAUAAGCGACGUAGGACGCUCGAUAUCUUCUUGAUGAGUGGUGCCUAUGUUGUCACUGCUCUUAUUGCCAUUCUCAUCUAUUCAUCCCGAAUUUAUACCAACCGCUCUGUUCUCAAAGAUAUCCCAAAGUCGUUUAUGCCGAUUGAGAAGGAAGAACUCCCCGGAAGACGAGUCCACAAGUUAAUACAAGAUUGCCUGGCAAAAAGUGCAGUCAUUGCAUAUCAGGCACGUCCAAGAAGCACGAGGAUUGAACAUGAAACUCAGAUUGCAGCCACAAGGGUGUUGGCCAUGUGCCGAUCACGAGAAUGUACUGGCCCGUACAUUGAGGAGAGAUGGGGGGAGAUAGAUCACCCGGGUUGGUCUUCUCCUGCUGCAAAAGAAACACCAAACCUUGAGUACGCUACAGUGGUGGAUGAGCUGACCGACUUGAUCGAAGCAAAGGCCAUUAGUCUCGUUCCAGUCGACCCACUGGUCGAGCCAGGUCCGGAUGGUCUACCACUCCCCGAUCCUCGGGUUAUUGAGGAACUUUCAAGAGCUGGGACAAUGGGCAUGCGAUCCUAUCUUCGACACCUGAUCGAUCUCGGGGUCGCACCAGACAACUCCCUCACUGUGGCUUUUCUUUCGGCCUACGAGCGUGCUCGAUUUGCCCCAGAGCCAAUAUCGGAGCAAGACUUUCAGGUCCUGAUGCGCAUGUUUGCCGAGCUCCUUCGCAGUAUGAGACCUGUCGAUCUGGAGUUAAUUGACUUGGAUACCUCAUCAUUUGAUGACGGAUUUGAUGGAUCUAGUAUAAUACAUCGAGACGUUCAAGACGAUCGUCAUCAACCUCAUGUUCCCCACCACCAUCAUUACAGCCACCGACAUGGAGGAGAGAAAGCUUCCAUACCAUCUACGUUCUCCGACUCCGGCUCCGUACGACAUUACGGCGCUCCCCCACGACGUGUUUCUGAAGACUCUGUCCCAUCCAUGUCCUCCUUUGAACGAGACCACGGCCAUCGCAACCAUAAUCAUGAGCAGGGCAACCCACCCCCUCGAUCCACAACCUCCACCUCCAACGACGGCAACGCAUCCGACGACGAAGCCGAUCGGAGCCAGGAAGAAGACGACGAAGAGGAUCGCCUUUCGCUCCGCACGGCACCGACGCACACGCAGCGAUCCAUCUCCCGGCCCACCUUGUCCGGUCGCAACUCGAGCUCGCGCUUUGUGUCUGCUCAUUCGCGCCAGGGCCUCGGGCUUCGGCUGCAAACUACGCGGUCACAUAGCUCUGUGCGAUCUGGCCGCUCUGGUGCCAGUCGACGGAGCAGGACCAGCAGUGAGCGAUCCACGGCUGCGGGUAGCGUUAUACGUCUUGCUCGCCCAGAGGAUGGGGAUGCCGCACGGGGGCUGCCCUAUAUUCUCCAGCUCCCGAAGAGGGAUGACAACUAA